AUGGUGCAACACAAGGUCCAUGCCAUCGACAACCACGAAGACCCUGAAGAAGAAAUGUAUGUGUCGGAGCUGAGAACCAAGACAAGCAAGACGGUGUGGCAAGAAGAGAUCCAGUUCAAGUGUGGAACUAAAGUUGUCAUGAAACUGGACACAGGAGCGCAAUGCAACGUCCUCCCAAGCAAGAACGUCCAAGCCAUGAGACUACAAGUGUUUCCUUCGCCAGUCAAAAGAAUCGCAACAUACAGCAAUCACAAGAUGCAAGUGAUCGGUGAGGUGAGAGAAGCAUGCACUGUCCGUGAUCAGCCAGCGAAACUGAAAUUCCUCGUCGUGAACUCUGACGUGACACCAGUUCUGGGUCAGAACGCAUGCGAGCUCCUCAACCUCGUGAAGAGAGUGCACACAGUCCAAGCAACGCAAGAAGAUGACGAAAUAUUUCAAGGCAUCGGUUGCAUCAAGAACUUUGUCUAUGAUGCCGAUGUCAAAGAGGGAGCAAGCAAGAAGCUGGAAAACAAGCCACCAAGAAGGGUCCCAUAUGCACUUAUGGAUGAAGUCAAGCAAGAGCUCACGAGCAUGGAACAGAAAGGAAUCGUCGAAAAAAUCACAGAACCAACUCCAUUCUGCAGUGAAAUGGUUGUUGUGAAGCAGCGAGGAAAGAUCAGGAUCUGCAUCGAUCCAGUGGAACUGAACAAAGUUCUUAUAAGACGAAACUAUCCUCUCAAGACUUUGGAAGAAAUUGUUGCGCAUGUCAGAGGAUCCAAGCGGUUCACUCUGCUAGACCUCAAGAAAGGAUUUUGGCAAAUGCAAAAGUUCGUGCCCAACCUUGCGGACAAGACUGCACCACUGAGAAAGCUCAUUACCAAGGACACUGAGUACCUGUGGACAGAGGAACAGAGCAAGGCACUGACCGAAAUCAAGCAAGCGCUGAAGAGUGCACCAACACUCGCAUACUACAACGUUAAUGGUGCUAUGACCCUUUCAGUGGACCAGUACGCACCAACAGUCGUCUACAAGAAAGGAACAGAACUCGUGAUCGCAGAUCUACUGAGCAGAGACUGCAUCAAGAACGAGUCGGCAGGUGCAUAUACAGAUGACAUACAAGUGAUGGCAAUUGUACCCAUGUCACCUGAAACAAUGGAAGAACUAAAGAGGGACAUUGCCCAAGACAAAGAAAUCCAAGAAGUGAUCCAAGCCACGAAAGAAGGAUGGCCAAGCACCACAAGAGGGCUCAGUGACCCAAUGAAGCUGUAUUGGUCAUUUAGGGAUGAACUCGCUGUGUAUGAAGACAUGUUGUUCAGAAGCGAUCGGAUAGUCAUUCCGAAAACUUGGAGAAACAGACUGCUCGUCCAGAUCCACGUGGGACAUCUAGGCAUAAACAGUUGUCUAAAGAGAGCCCGCGAGACUGUAUACUGGCCAGGGCUAACGACAGACAUCAAAUGCUACGUGGAAAGAUGUGCCACAUGCCAAGCAACUGACAAGAAACCAGCGAGACAGCCACUUCAUCUCAAAGAAAUACCAGACCUCCCGUGGGAAAGAGUAGCAUCAGAUCUCUUCAACUUCGAAGGAAAGUCCUACGUUGUCAUUGUCGACAGCUACUCUGGAUACCUAGACUUCAAGAAGCUCUCAGGAGAAUCGUCAAAAGAAGUUGUAAACGUCAUGAAAGAGUGGCUAGCAACUCAAGGCGUCCCCAAAGUGAUUGAAACAGACAACGGUCCCUGCUACGCAGCACAAGAAUUCAAGAACUUUAGCAGAGACUGGGGCUUCCAGCACGUGACUUCAAGUCCGAGCGUGCCGGACAAGCUGCGUCACGAGCGCAACCAGCAGAAGGCUUACGCUGACCAGCACUCCAAACGAGCCCCUGCCAUGGCCCAAGGCGAUAAAGUCAAAGUUUGGGAAGAAAACAGGAGAUGGGUUCCUGGAACAGUCGUACGUCUUUCGGAAGAACCUCGAGCUGGCGAAGGACUUAACUCUAAAGAUGUCCAAGAAGCCUGCGGCAAUGCUUGGAACAAGAACAUUAGACACUUCGGGAUGCUGAACAUUCGGAACCUAAACAAUAAUGCGGCCGUCGCAAGCAGCACGAAGCUACUCAAAUGGAUCGUCGGACUAGCGUUAAAGGCCGCAAUCAUUGACACCACCAACAGAUACGUGAUGAUGAGUUUCACGAUGGGCAGUGCUGGUUUCCGCAUGCCAGACAAGUGGCGGCAGGGCACCCAUGACGUACCUGUCGUGCACAGUCUCAUGUUCUACCCGCAGCCAUCGCAGCUCUUGAAACUCUAA